CGCCUGUGUAGAGUGCGGUCUUCAGUCGGUAUAGAUAUAGGCGUAGAGUAUUAUGAAGUAUCGUUUCGGAGCACGUUUCGAAGCAAACGUCCGACGCAAUUUUCAGCUCGAGUUGAAUUUUUGGAGCCACUGUUUCGAAAUCGACGUCAUUGUUUAAAAUAAAGUUUUCAGCUUUGUGAAAGUGUUUCUGAACAAAAAUAUUAAUUGUGUUUGUGCACAAAAAUAUCAGUUGUGAAACCUAACCUGCAACUUGGAGUAAAGAUGCAAAGAAUUCCAAAAAAGAAAAGAUCAUCUGACACAAAAAGACUGCAAGAGUUGCAGCAGUUUGUGCAGUUACUUUAUGAAAAAGAAGAAAAAAAGCAAAAAAUUGCAAACUCAUCAUCAGAGUCAAACAAUUCUUCUAGUGAUACGGAGGCAGAAGAUGAAAGCUUGUACAAAUCAAUUAUUGCUACUUUUAACAAUGUAUUGGAGGAUUUUAGUGAUAGUGAACAAGAUGAAAAAAUAGAUCUGCCAGAAGUUCAAGAAAUUCAAGAUAUUAGAGCCUGGGUUGUCGACAACAAUAUCCCACAUCAGCAUGUCGAUAAACUUCUCCCAAUUUUGAAAAGAAGAUUGUUGCCGGGGAUUCCAAAAUGUACAAAGACCUUACUGAAAUGUGAUGUCAAACUCGACAAUAUAGAAGAAAUGAAAGUUAGUGAUGGGUCUAAGGGAGACUUUCUUUAUCUACGAAUGGAAAAUGAACUAAAAAAAAAGAGUUGAUGUUAAACAACAUCCUGAAGAUUUUUUAGAACUUAUAUUUAACAUAGAUGGCUUCUCACCAUUCAAGUCCAGUGCUGCGACAGUGUGGCUUAUUUUGUGCAAAGUGUUCACUGAGUGUGACAUGUACCACCUGUUUACUGUUGCAGUGUAUGCUGAAAAUGGAAAACCCAAAGAGUCCACAGAUUAUCUAAGAAAAUUUUCUGAAGAACUUAAUCAUAUCCUGAAUGCAAAAGUGAAUAUUGAUGAUACAUGUUUUACAAUCAAAGUGAAAUACUUUUCAUGUGACUGCCCAGCGCGUUCCUUUGUGAAGAAUGUUAUAGGCCAUGGUGGGUUUCAUGCUUGUGAAAGGUGUCGAGUUGUUGGGAAAAAAGUUGACGGUGUGACAGUUUUUUUACAAACAGACGCUGAAAAGAGAACUGACAAAAGUUUUGCAACAUUUGCUGAUCCGCAAUGCCACACAGGCGUGUCACCAUUAAGCACAGUCACACCAGCUUUAAAUAUGGUUUCCCAGUUUAUUCUGGAUCCGAUGCACCUUGUAUACCUGGGGUGCACAAAAAGAUUAUUAGAAUAUUUAUUGUUACCAUCGACUCGUGCAGCGAAACUUAGUGCUACUUUCAAAAGUGAGUUAGUGCGAAGGACAAAACCUAUCUAUAAUGACAUUCCAGCAGAAUUCUGUAUAAAAAUGCGAUCAAUAGAUCACUUCUCUAAGUACAAGGCUGUAGAAUUCAAAUUUUUUCUAUUAUAUGCAGCUCCUGUAUUGUUUAUAGAAUUAUUAUCUGAUGAUCUAUACGGUCACUUCAUGUUGCUAACAGUGGCAUGCAGAUUUUUGUGUGACAUAUUUGAAAAUAUUCAAAUCAGUGAAGCCAGAAGGUAUUUAACAGACUUUGUUGAUUUGACUUCGACUCGUUAUGGAGAAACUUUUGUCUCGUUAAAUGUGCACAAUUUGAUCCACUUGUGUGAUGACAUUGAAAACACGAAAGGCUCAAUGAAUGAAAUCAGUGCAUUCUCUUUCGAGUCUUACUUGGGUAUUAUCAGAAGUGUUUUACGUAGUCCAGUUAACUUAGUCUCUCAGUAUUAUCACAGAAUGUCAGAGAAGCACACUUUCUCAAAAAAAGAAACAAUCACUCAAUGUGAAGUUGAAAUUAUAAUGAAAAAAAGGACAGUAUUGUCAAAUUACGAUAUCAACAUUAUAUUUUAUCUACAAAACAUCCCAAUAACGUUGUCAUAUUACAAGAUAGAAGCAUUGCACGCAUUUGUAACUUUAGCAUUGUCGAAAACAAUUACUAUGUUACAAUUCAAAAAUACGGAAAGGAAGAUUCAAUAUUUGACAAACCGUGUGAUUCUGGUACUUUGAAUAUUUGGGAGGUCAAUAAUUUAUCCAAGAGAAAAGUUCAAGCGAGACUUCAGCAAGUAAAAUACAAAUGUGUUCACUUUAAACUCAAUUUGUCCAGAGAGGAAGAUGCAAAAUCGUUUGUUUUGCCACUCUUGCACUAGAGAAGUUAAAAAAGGAUGUCUGACAGCGAGGAAGAAGUCAAAGAGGAAGAAGUUUAUGAGUUCACUAUAGUGAGAUUUGUACAUAGAGGCAGAAGGAGGGCAGUCGAGCAAAUUGACAUUAUCAACAGUGAAUGGCUCAGCUUUGACGGCAAGAAAGGAAAAUGCACGACACAGUCUCUAGAUAAAGUCCAUACUCAAGAAGAUAUCAACUUGCUUCAUUCCCUUGUAAAAGAACUUGCUCCAGCACCAGAGUCUUAAUCAUUGGACGUGCAAAGACUUACAACGAAGCUUUGCAAAAGUUAAAGCUUCUUCAAUCAGAAACCAACGUCCUAACUGAGGAUACCGAGGAUGAUCAACAUGAUGUGCAAAAGAAAAUGGAAAAUGAAAUCAGGCAAAGGCAAUUGCAGAAGCAAUUGAAUGAUUUGAAAUCUUCAUACGCAGUAAAGUCUAAGGAAACCACAACAAAGCCUUCCACAAAAGACAAGCUGGCAAUGAAGUAUCUAAUAAGAAAGCUGCGACAAUCAAAAUCACAGAAAAAAUUGAUGAAGAACAACCUGAUGACACCGAGCACAAUAAGAGUGAUGCUGGUAAAGAAGCAUUAAUUUCAGUUCACUGCGAUCAAGAAGAUACUAUCAAGACUUAUGAGGAUCAACGAGCACUUAAUUACAGGUUCAUGGACAUGUUGAUGUGCCUGUUUCAGAGAACAUUCCUGUCCAAGAAGACAAUGUUGUUGUCAUUGAGAUGGAUCCACUCAACUCCAAAACUGAUUCAGAUCUCAUGCUCAUGAAUACGCUGAGAAAUUAAAGAAAUUACAUUGUUGCCAUUAGCGAGGACAUUGCAGCUAUUAAGAUUGCUCAAGAUCAAAUCAUCAAGUUUCUUUUGGACAAGAAAGUCACACAGAUCAAUAAUGUGGUUAUUGAUUUCAAAACUAAAUUCAAUUUUACAAUUCCAAUAACCUCAUUGGAACAGUUUUUGCAAUUCGACAGUGAACUAGCUAAGAAUGAACUUUUAAAAAAUGAUGUGAGCGUACAACUGAUUGAUCUCUGUGUUGCUGAUUUGAUCGUAACCAAAAGUUUUACCAAGAUGUUGAAGUUCUACAUGACGAAGGAAGUUGCUGAAAAAUUUACAACUGUAAGAAGUGCAAGGAAUCAGAGCGAAGAGAGAAAAGAGAGAUAUGUCUCGACUAAUCUGUAUGGCCUUAUGUGUGGUAUUAUAAAAGUAAAAAGAGUUAAGAAGACAUUAGAAGUCUCUGAUAAAAUACUAUUGAAAAGUAUUAGUGAAGUUUUAUGGAAUGUUAAGCAGUGGAAAUAAAUUAUUAUUGUAUUUUUGUAUAACAAUUACAUUAAGGUGUUUUUGUGAAAACAGUUUAUCGAGCCUCCUGUAAAUAAGGAAUUUUUCAAUAAAUAUAUAAUUAUAUUAA